AUGAAUACCAAGAUUUUGCAUGUGGACCCAUCCUCCAUACUUUUCAACAAAGACGAAGGAAUCGAAACUUGUACUCCCAUCUUUACUGAUCCCAAAACGAAAUCCUAUCUAGACGAGGCAUCCAUCAUUUUAAGAUCCCAUAAGAACUGUAUUGGUUUUCCAACCGAAACAGUAUAUGGCCUUGGUGCUUCAUCACUGAAUGACGAGUCUGUGAAAUCCAUUUAUAUUGCCAAGAAUCGACCGUUGGAUAAUCCACUAAUUACUCAUGUUGCCUCGCUGAGUCAACUACACCGCAAGAUUUUACCUCCAUCAACUAAAAUACCCGAUAUUUACUUACCAUUGAUUAAGAAAUUCUGGCCUGGCCCGUUGACAAUUCUUUUGCCUGUUGAGGAUGACACAACCUUGUCCAGAUUAACCACUGCCGGUCAGGAUACUUUCGCAGUGAGAAUACCCAACCAUCCAGUUGCAAGGGCCCUCAUUGCCAUUUCAGAUGAACCUUUGGCUGCUCCUUCGGCUAAUGCUUCCACUAGACCAUCUCCUACGCUAGCAGAACAUGUUUAUCAUGAUCUGCAAGGAAGGAUUCCACUGAUUAUAGACGGUGGACCCUCAAAUGUUGGAUUGGAGAGUUCUGUAGUCAAUGGACUUACAAAUCCCCCUAUGCUAUUACGUCCCGGUGGAAUUUCUCUAAAGCAAAUACAAGAAGUCGGGCACGGUUGGGAGGACAUAGUCACAGCUAAAAAAACUGCGAAUGCAUCUGAACCUGUCAGAACUCCCGGCAUGAAGUAUAAACACUACUCCCCAACUGCCAAGGUUAUUCUAUUCGUUAAGUGUGGAAAUGGAGUUAAGGCAGUCCAGGAAGCUCUUUCACGAUACCCAAACUCCAAGAUUGCCUUAUUGACAGGAUCCGAAUUUGAAAUACCAGAAACAUUACAAGCCCAGUUUGCUAUUGUUGAUCAUCUAGGAUCUUCCAUCACCGAAAUGGCACACAACCUAUUUGCCAAAUUAAGAAAUCUGGAUAAAAACGAUAUGGACUAUAUCUUCAUUGAAGGUGUUCCAGAUGCUGGAGAAGGUUUGGCAUUAAUGAACCGGUUGUCAAAAGCUGCACAUGAAACUAUAUCUAAUGAUUCUAAGUAA